GAUCCAUACAAAGAAUAUUCAACUAUAGAUUAUCUUGUGCUCGAAGAACUGUAGAAAAUGUGUUUGGUAUUGCUUCGGCCGUUUUUCGAGUACUCCGUAAACCCAUGUUACUUGAACCCGCAAAAGCUGAAAUAAUUGUAAUGGCAAUAGCUCAUCUACAUAACUUCUUGAGAAAAAGCUCUACAUCUUCUACUUUGUAUAUGCCACAUGACAUGUUCGAUACCAAAUCACCUUUACCAAGAGCAACAAAUGAAACAAUGUCUUCUCUAUUGCCACUUAAAAAUAUUCCCCGAAAACCAACUGAUAACGCGAAAAUAAUCAGAGACGAAUUGGCACUAUACUUUCAAAAUGAAGAUCCACUUGUGUAUCAAGAUAAUUAUGCGUAACACAAUACUUACGGUACUUUUUGUCUGUCGAACUUUAUUUUUGUCCCAAAGAAACAGCAAGCUUUUGAAAGCAAACCAACUACUUUCAUACACAUCAGAACGACCUGCAAUGAAUAUAAUAUGUUCGAUAUGUUAAUAAGUAAAUAAAAUACAUAAAUAAAAAAUAUAAUGUAAUUAUUCACAUUUACCUGUUCCUGUGCCUUUGCUUUUUUUAAUUUUUGCUUUUUCUCGCCUAAGUGCCGACAAUAACACAUUCAUUUUCUUUUUGCAUUCAUCUAUCGUGGUUUUAAAUUCCACAGCGAGCUCAUUCCAAGAAUCGUUUUUCUUUAUUUUAUUAUAAUACUGGGAAUUUUGUGGAUCCCACAAAAUUUCUUUGCUUCUAUAACUGUUAAUGAAUUUAAUCGUUACUUCUUCAGUCCACUCCAUAAUAAACCUGUCAGUAUUACUCAAAACACAGAAAAAAAGUAGAUCGCACCUUUGUUACGCAGACCAGUCCAAACCUGCAAUCCAGUGGUGCAACAUCAGCGCGUGAUGCGACACCAAAAUACCGACAUCUCGUGGGACGCCUCGAUGAUACUAUGUUGCGGGGUUACGUUGAUACGCUCCAACGUCUACACUUGUUACGCAGUGCUGUUACGAUACGCCUAUAGCAAAAACGAUUUGAAAGAGGCAGUACAAGCUGUGCAGAGAGGUACUCUAACAUUAUAUAGAGCUGCGUUAUUGUACAAAAUACCCAAAGCUACUUUAUUUACUCAUGUAAAGGGUAAACGGGGUAUAAAAAGGUAA